CAUCAACAUUCGAAGAACCACGACGACGACGGCGGUCGCCCUAUGAGUGACGACGACAUCCUUGAGCGCCUCCUCUUUGGUGGAGGUGAUGACUUUAUGACAUCUCUCACCGAUAGCUUUCCGUUUGGAGCAUCCCAAGCAACAACAGCACCUUCAACAGACGCGACGACGGUGCCUGAUGGCUCCAGUACAGUUUCGGAUGAAUCGGACGCGCCGAAGCGAAAGCGGCAACGCACGAGUCUCAAGCACGAGCUAGAGUACUUACGGGAGAAGCAGGAUGUCCUGCAGGCCCAAUUGAACGAGCUGCGCGCUACCACGAUCGUCCGACCGCCCAGUUCCAUCUGGGAGACUCGAGCCAAGGUUCAGAUGGCGGCCGCUACCCGCGCCAUGCAUGAGAACGCGUCGCUUCGUACAAUUUUGCAGGAGCAGCUAAAAACCGCUCAAACGCUGGAGCGAGUGCUGAAAAAGUCUCCCAAGCUAGAGCUGUCUCCCCAGUUCAACCGCGACGAGUGGCGCAGCUGGCGGCUCGGCGCUGACCCCGCCACGCGCGUCCACAGCAUGCUCGCUAUCACUGACCACCUGUACGAACGUCUUGAAUGCGAGCUGAUCAAGAACAACGUGUACGACCUCCAAGACGGCCAAAGCAGCAUGAACGUCCGAACGCAUCAGAACGUGCUCUGGUUCGACUUUAUGCAAUCCUCGCUCAUGCACGCCGACUUGGACGCCAUGCGACGGGCUACGUGGGCACUGAUCCGGCAGCAAAUCCAAGUCCCCGGCGGCCCCGUCCUCACGACCACCGGCUCGAUCCUCGAAGACUUGCCAGACCACAACAUUGUGUACACACACAACGAAUCAACGGUCAAGCUCCAAGGGGGGACCCUAUGCAAAUCGGAAGGCCGGUGGAUUGCGCGCAUGUACUCCGAGCCCAACCGCGCCGUGGUGGUUUACCGCUCUAUCCUCGACGACGCGCUGGAACCUCACACCCCCGGACGGCUGCGGGACAACCUUAUGGGCUGGGUGGUGCUCCAGCGGUGCGAGAUAGACCCGAGCAAGACGCGGCACAUGGUGGUGCAUCAAUGCACCCCCGCCGUCAUGUCGGAAGGGGGGGAGAGCUCCCCUCCGACGGGGGAGAUGACGGAAUUCCUCCUGAAUAUGCUCCGUAGCCACAUGGACCGCAUCAAGCAAGCCGUGAUCCAGCAUGACCCCACUUCGUCGUCAAUACAGGCCAACCAUGACGUAAAACUAGAACAGAAUUAACCAAACUAUUGUCGAUACAAAUUUGGGGAGCCGGUGCAAUCGAAUCGCGCCGACCA